AUGCCUAUCCACUCGCGCUGGGCAGUGCCCGUCCCCGAGUGCUCAAUCCAAAAAUGGAUUUUCGGCUCAUCGUUUGAGCCGCUGUCGAAUCACAAAGCCUUUAUGGAUGCCGACAAUCCCGAGGCCAAGUACCUGACCUUUUCGGAUUACCGGCUCGUGUCGAAGCAGAUCGCCGUUGGGCUGCAGGCGGCCGGCUUGCAGGUAGGCGACCGGGUCUUGAUCUUUUCGGGCAACAAUGUAUACUUCCCCGUUGUCUUCCUCGGUGUCCUUAUGGCUGGAGGCAUCGUGACUGGUGCGAACCCUGGCUUCAAGCCGAGGGAGUUGGCCCAUCAGCUCCGGGACAGCGGCGCCUCCUUCGUGCUCGCCGCGGCGAAUAGUCUGCCGACGGCGAUUGAGGCCGCGCGGGAGGUGAACAUACCGACGCGGAACGUGUUCGCUUUCGACACCACCGUGCCUGGUUCUUCUUCGGUAGAGAUUCCACCAAGCCUGGGAGCGAGACACUGGACUGAGCUCCUUGCGCCAAGGCCACAGGCGGAAGCUUUCGACUGGGUCGAGCCCGCGGAUCCUCGCAACACCACCUGCUGUCUCAACUAUAGCUCGGGAACCACCGGUCUACCGAAGGGCGUCGAGAUUUCCCAUCACAGCUAUGUUGCUAACGGCACCGGCGUCAUCACACUUUCUCAGCAGAGGGAAGAUUAUGAGGCGUUUAUUAAGCGUUCUGUCGGCCUUUGUUUCUUGCCGCUGUAUCAUGCAUAUGGACAAACGUACUUUGUUGCCAACCUGGCUAGGCAAGGUAUCCCGGUAUACAUCAUGCCGUCAUUCGACUUCGCGAAGAUGCUCUCGCACCUUGCAAAGUAUAGAGUGAAUCACCUCCUUGCCGUGCCCCCUAUCCUCGUCCUUCUCGCGAAGCAUCCCCUCACACGAAAGGCCGAUCUGAGUAGCCUGGAAGUAGUUGCGAGCGGUGCUGCGCCACUGGCCCUGGAAAUUGCCCAGGAGACGCAGACCCUCCUUCGCGAAAAUGUCUACGUACGCCAGGGAUGGGGCAUGACGGAAGUAACCUGCACCUGUCUAGCUUGGGCGGGCUCGGACAACAUGGGCACCACAGGUGCCGUCGGCGAAUUGAUGCCCAACUGCCGGGCCAAGUUGAUGAGCCUCGACGGGAAGACGGAGAUUACCACGCCCGAGACCCGCGGCGAGCUCUGGGUGACGGGACCUACGCUGAUGCGCGGAUACUGGAAUAACCCCAAGGCGACCAGUGACUCUACGUCCGUUGAUGCCGACGGCACGAGGUGGCUCAAGACGGGUGAUGUCGCCUACGUCGAGUCGUACAAGGCUGGAACACUCUUCCACGUUGUGGAUCGCUUGAAGGAGCUGAUCAAGGUCAAGGGACGACAAGUUGCGCCUGCCGAGCUCGAGGCCUUAUUGCUCGAGCGCCCUGAUGUUGCCGACGUGGCUGUGAUAGGCGUCGACAUCGAUGGCGAGGAGAGGCCAAGGGCGUAUAUCGUCAGGAGGGAAGGGACGAAUCCUUCUGGAAAAGAGAUUGCGGCUUGGGUUGAGAGCCGUGUUGCGGGAUACAAGCGGCUCACGGGUGGUGUUGUCUUUGUUGAUAUGAUUCCGAAGAACCCGUCUGGCAAGAUUCUUAGAAAGAUCUUGCGAGACCAAGCCAAGAUGGAAUCCCAGAAGUCGAAGCUCUAA